AUUAUAAUCAUUUAUAAAUUUGUACCUGAAUCAAUUAUAGAUUCAUAAAUCAAAUACAGUACUAGAUCCAUUACAUGAAAAAUAAUAAAAAAAAAAAAAUCAAAUCUCAAGCAAUACCUCCAUUUUUUUCCAUUAGGCUUUCACAUGUGACUACUUACGGUGGGACUGAUAAAAAGGCUUCACUUUUGACGUGAAAAAUACUUCACUUUUGACGUUUUUUUCCAUUUAUAUCUUCAUCGAAAAAAGAUUUUGACAGUGAAUCACAGGCUCUGUUGCCUGCAGAACUCAGAGCCAUGACAUCAUGAAGUUGAUUUGAAUUACCAAACUCAGUCUCAUCAUUCAUCUGCUGGCUAAUAAACCAAAUUUCAUUUGGUCAAAAAGUUUUGUCCGUUGUACAUCAUUCAAACUUUAAUUCUGUGAAAAAUGCAUUUAAAACCCAGAUGAAUAGUAGUAUUAGAAUUGGUUGAGACCAUUUAUUGAUAGAGUUUGUGACUUGUGAAGAAGGGAUUUUUUUUUUUUUGGCCAUAGUUUCUGUUGAAGUUUCCUUUUUUUCCCUUUUUCUGAGUGAAAAUGGCUGCACCUGGAGAUGAAAAUGGAGAAGGGAUAGAGGAAGUCAAAUUUCCUGCCUUUAUGAAGAUUAAGGUUAAAAGUCAGGAUGGGAAAGAAACUUUCUUCAAGAUUAACCGUGACACUCCCAUGAAGAAACUGUUGCAAAGUUACUGCCGGAAGUUUCGUCUUAGUUAUCAAGCUACCCAGUUUUACCUUGAAGGACAGCGCUUCAUUCAUGCUAAAACUCCAAUUGAGCUUGGAUUGGAGGAGAAUGAAGUUGAGAUUGAAGCCAUGGCUGAUCAACUUGGAGGUGGUGGUGGAGAAUGAAAACCAGCUUCAUGAAAGGAUCCAAUUGUCCUUAAUCAAGUGGUGCAAUUCAUAAUCUGGGAUUAUUAGUUUAGGUUUGCAAGAAGUUUGUUCUUAGGUAGAAUGAUGUAACUUUGGAGUUAGAACUGUCUUUGUAGAAUCGAAUCAUUAGUAGAUUACUGCUACUUAAAGUACUAUGCUUUCAUUCAACUCACCUGUUCUUAGUACUAACUUUUAGUAUUUAUCUUGCUUAGAUUAUAAUCCUACAUCUGAAAAGGAAACAAGCUUAUUAGCAUCCCCAGACAACUUCAAUUAAUC